AUGGAAUUAAAAAAUCAUAACGCGCAGCGAUGCGAGAAAACUCACCCGAAGGCGGUUGACGCUAUCAUAAGGCAACAUUACGUUGACGACUACAUCGAUAGUUUCAUCGAUACCACCGCGCAAGUAAUUGAAGUUCACCAGAGCGGAGGGUUUCAUAUACGAAAUUUCAUCAGCAACGCGGAAGAGUUACUGAAGGCCAUUCCGGAACAAAGAAGACAGAUACAGGAAACGAUAAUAUUCUUCGGAGAGAAGAAUGCAUCGUACGAAAAGGUACUCGGAGUGUUCUGGAACAUUCACUCGGAUAGUUUGGGAUACAACAUAAAACAUUCCAAUAUUCGCCCGGAAGUGCUAGACGCUCGAACGAACCCUACAAAAAGAGAAGUGCUCAGCUUCGUGAUGAGCAUUUAUGACCCUAUAGGCAUGAUUAGCCACAUUACGAUCCUAGGAAGGAUAUUGAUGCGAUCGAUCCACAAAGCCGUAACGAAUUGGGACGAACAAAUACCGGAAGAUCUGGGAGUCAAAUGGAACGAGUGGCUCAACCUACUCAAGAACGCACAUCAAUUUGAGGUCCCACGAUGUGUUUUACCAACAAACGCACAAUCAAUUGAGCUGCACACGUUCGUAGAUGCGUCAGAAGAGGCAUUUGCAGCGUGCGUGUACCUUAGAAGCUACAACGGCGAACACUACCAGACACAUCUUCUUGCUGCAAAGGCCCGAGUUGCUCCUCUAAAACACCUGUCUAUUCCACGACUCGAGUUGCAGGCGGCUAUGCUGGGAGCAAAACUGACGAACUCAGUGAAGCAGGAGUUGCGGGUUAAUAUUGAAAGAAUCAAUUACUGGAGUGAUUCACAAACGGUACUGGGAUGGAUCACCAACAGGAAGAGAAAGUACCAUCAGUUCGUCGCUCACCGAGUCAGCUCGGCCUUCCUCGAGACUUCCGCCAUGGACCAGUGGCGAUGGGUGCCGACUAAGGAGAAUCCCGCGGACCGAGCGACGAAAGCAAUGGCUAUCGACGAUGUGUGGAAAAUAGGCCCACCGUUUCUAGCCAAUGAUGAAUCCACAUGGCUACAGUAA